AUGACAUCUUUGUAUGCACCUCGGAUGGAGGAUGCCAAAGGAAGACUGAGACCAUUUGGUAUAUUCUUUGAAAAGACCCUAAAAGAUUUAAUCAAGGGUAUACGAACCAAUAAUACAACACCUGAGAAGUUGCAAAACUUCCUAACUCAAGCACUUAGUGAGUGUCGAGAAGAGGCCGCCUCAACCGAUUUGAAUAUGAAAACAAAUGCUGUAUUAAAACUCACGUAUUUGGAAAUGUACGGUUUUGACAUGUCUUGGGCCAAUUUCCAUAUUUUAGAAGUUAUGAGUAGUAAUAAACUACAGCAAAAGAGAGUUGGCUAUCUGGCUGCAUCACAAUCCUUUUACAAGGAUCCUGAAAUUUUGAUGUUGGCUACCAAUCUUAUGAGAAAGGAUUUGAAGUAUGGCGGGAAUCACGAUGUCGUUAAAGUGGGAAUUGCAUUAAGUGGUUUAUCUACUAUAGUUACAUCUUCAUUAGCUAUGGACAUUUGUGAUGAUCUUUUUGUUAUGCUCACAAGCUCAAGAGCAUAUAUCAGAAAGAAAGCAAUUGCUGCUUUGUUUAAGGUCUUCCUGCAAUAUCCAGAGGCUUUAAGAGAUAAUUUCGAUAAAUUUGUCUCUAAACUGGAAGAUGAUGACACAUCGGUUGUCUCUGCUGCGGUAAGUGUUGUAUGUGAGCUGUCAAAGAUGAAUCCAGCCCCUUUUGUUGUAUUGUCUCCACUUCUAUAUGGCAUCCUCGUUUCAAUUUCAAAUAAUUGGAUUAUCAUUAGACUCUUAAAACUAUUCACAAAUUUAUCGAAGGUGGAGCCCAAGCUUAGGCCAAAGCUUUUACCAAAAAUCCUAGAAUUGAUGGACUCAACAGUUGCUACAUCUGUCCUUUACGAAUCGAUCAACUGUAUAGUGAAAGGGAAUAUCCUGGACAAGGAUGAUUACGAUACUGCAAUGAUAUGUCUCGACCGUCUACACGCAUUCUGUGACUCCUCUGAUCCAAAUUUGAGAUAUAUAAGCUGUGUUCUUUUUUACAAAAUUGGUAAAAUAAAUACUGAUUUUAUUUCGAAAUUUGAUAAAUUGGUAUUUCGCCUAUUAAACGAUGUUGAUGUUUCAAUUAGAUCGAAAGCUGUGGAAUUGAUUGAAGGUAUAGUUAAUGGGAAUAAUUUGAAAAAUCUUGUCACGACUUUACUGAAGCAAUUUGUUAAUGAGGAUGUUGUACUUUUACAAAGCGAUUCCACGGGCAUAGAAUCAAGGGAGAUACCUAUAGUGAUUCCGGAAUCAUACAAGGUUAAACUAGUUCACACAAUUAUCCGUAUAUGUAGCAUGGACAAUUUUAUCCAUAUGACUGACUUCGAGUGGUUCAACGCUGUACUGUGGGAUAUAUCUGUUUUGGCCUCAGAUUUACCUGACAAGGCAUUAGGAUUCAAAAUCGGCGAGCAGUUGAGAAACAUCAUGGUUAAAGUUCCAAGUAUGAGAGACAGCACACUGUCAACCAUUAUUAAAGUUAUAUCUUACGGUAAUAUCUCAAAUAAUUUGCCGAGCUUACUCAAAGACUGCUUCUGGUCGCUGGGGGAAUUUUCAAAUCAUAUUGACAACGGUGACGACUUACUUGAGCUCAUGAUCAACAGAGAGCAUUUAUAUCCGCCUGAAAUUCAAAAAGUUAUUAUUCCAGCCAUUUUGAAGGUGUUCACUAAUUGGUGCAAUAGCGCACCUAAUCCCAACAUUGAGCGUAUUGAAUUCAUUUUGAAUGGGCUCCUCAAAUAUUUUGAGUCAUUCACAUAUUCAAAAUAUUUUGACAUUCAAGAACGCGCGGUGGAAUCUGUAGAGCUUUUAAAGUUAGUUCUUGAAGCUUUGAAGGAAGACGAUGAGGGAUUGCCUUUACUUAUCACUGAUGUUUUACCAAGCCUUUUCAACUCAUACGAGCUCAAACCAAUAUCACAUGGAACUCAGCAAAAAUUACAGAACACAUUAACGGUUGAUUGCCAAACUCCAUUUUUGACGGAGGCAGAAUUCCAAGCAAUUUUAGAUCAAGAGGAAUCAAAUAUCGAUGAUGGUUCAUAUUCGGACAAAUCUCUGGCUCUAGACGAUGAGGAUUAUUAUGAAAAUGAAGAUACCCGCAACGAGAGACAUUCAAUAAGUUCUGCAUUUAAAGAAGCUGAAACAGAGUCAGAUCCAUUCAUGAAGGAAGAAAAGGAAUCAAAUCCAUUUUACCUGGCUGAUGAAAAUGAAGAGAAGAACAAUGUUGCUGAUUUAUUAGACUUCACCGACUCAAAAAAUACACCUGAAAGCUCAGUAUUCAUAUCUUUAACCAAACACGACUCACCUCAGAAAACAAAUGAAUCAAUCUCUAAAGGUGAAAAGAAAAAAAAGAAGAAGAAGUCUACUACGAAGGUUAAGAAAAGGGUAGAGAUUAUUCCUGAUGAAAUCGUUACCGAUAACGAACUUUUAGCUACACAGCAAUCAAAUCCAAAUCUAAUAACCAGCAAUAAUUCUUCAUCAACUAUCAAUUCUUACAAGGGUAAAAUCAACCUUAAGACAAAUACAAAGCUCGCAAAUUUCGAUUUCUUCAAAAGAAACGAUACAGAUAGCCUCUCUCCUUCAAAUAUCGAUGCAGAAGCUGGGGUUGAAGAUCAAAUAGAGCUGGAGAAAUUGAGAAGUAGAUUUGGGAACCAAAGUCUAGGGCAUACACAAGCGGGUGAGGGAGAAGAAGUUAUCGUUAUCAAGAAAAAGAAGAAAUCUGCGAAGAAGAAAAAAACCUCAAGGAAAAAGAAGAAUGCAGUCGAAGAAGGGGAUUCAGCAAUCGGAUCUUUAUAG